UCACUCUUUUCUCUCAGUCCUCUCUCUCUCCUCGCUUUCUCUCUCCAACAUACAAUUACAGAGAGCACAUAGCGAUAAACGCGCGCACGCAGAUACAGAGGAGUGGUCGUCUCCGUCUUCCUCCGCAUUAUUCGCUGCGUUUUGGACUCUUCCGUACUGGAUUGAGGAUUGAGGUCGCACGCAGAGGAUAAUGGCCCUCCGCCGUCCGGGGCUUCUCCUCCCCCUCUCUUUCUUCCAGGUGUUAUUUAUUCUGGGCGUAGCAUACGCUGCUCAGACCUCCGUGACGUCUAAUACUACGGCGGCGGGGGAAAGACAUUCGGAAGGGUAUUGCGCAAUGUAUGGCAUUUGCGGGCAACGUAGUGAUGGAAAGUACAUAAACUGCCCCUUCGGUACCCCAUCCGUUAAGCCGGAUGAUUUACUUUCGUCCAAGGUCCAAAGUCUGUGUCCAACAAUUACUGGAAAUGUUUGUUGUACAGAAGCUCAAUUUGACACACUACGGUCACAGGUCCAGCAAGCGAUUCCCUUUCUUGUAGGUUGUCCGGCAUGCUUAAGAAACUUUUUGAAUUUGUUUUGUGAGCUUACCUGCUCUCCAAAUCAGAGUUUGUUUAUCAAUGUGACUUCUGUAGCCAAGGUUAACAGAAACAUGACUGUCAAUGGGAUUGAUUAUUAUAUAACUGAUGACUUUGGUGAAGGGUUAUUUAACUCCUGCAAGGAUGUCAAGUUCGGUACCAUGAAUUCUCGAGCUAUAGAAUUUAUUGGUGCUGGUGCUAAAAAUUUUAAAGACUGGUUUGCUUUUAUCGGCAGACAAGCACCUUCUAAUGUGCCAGGUUCUCCAUAUGCCAUUAGAUUCCCUUCAAGUGUUACUGUGUCAUCUGGGAUGAAACCUAUGAAUGUAUCUACUUAUUCAUGUGGUGAUAAUUCACUGGGCUGUUCCUGUGGUGAUUGCCCUUCAGCUACAGUUUGUUCUAACACAGUUUCUCCGGUUUCCCGAAAAGGAGGUUCAUGUUCAGUGAGAAUUGGAUCGAUUAAGGCUAAAUGUAUUGACCUUGCUGUUGCUGUUCUAUAUAUUGCACUGGUUUCUGUGUUUUUUGGGUGGGGUUUGUUUCAUCGGACUAGAAAAACCAAGCCAGCUUCUGGGACAAAACCAUGGUGGAAUGUAAUGGAUGAUGGCGAAGUUCAUUCUAACAGGGAGAAGAAUGAGAACCCUCCGAUGCAGGUAUUUGAAGAUGCUUCUCACGUUAGAAAUGAUGUCCAACUUUCAAUUGUGCAAGGAUACAUGUCAAAAUUUUUCAGGAGAUAUGGAACAUGGGUUGCUAGGAAUCCAAUUAUAGUGUUGUGCUCAUCAUUGGCUGUAGUUCUUCUGCUUUGUUUGGGUCUUAUCCGUUUCAAGGUGGAAACAAGGCCUGAAAAGCUGUGGGUAGGGCCUGGGAGUAAAGCAGCAGAAGAGAAGCAAUUUUUUGAUAGCCACCUAGCCCCUUUCUACAGAAUUGAGCAGCUAAUAUUAGCAACAAUUCCAGAGGGUAAGCUUGGUAACUCACCUAGUAUUGUGACGGAGGACAAUAUUAAGUUACUUUUUGAGAUACAGAAGAAGGUUGAUGGAAUUAAAGCAAAUUAUUCUGGAUCCGCGGUAUCUCUUGCUGAUAUUUGCAUGAAGCCAAUGGACAAAGAUUGCGCCACUCAAAGUGUCCUACAGUACUUCAAAAUGGAUCCUGCAAAUUAUGAUGGUUAUGGUGGGGUUGAACACCUAAAGUAUUGUUUUGAGCACUAUUCAUCUGCCGACACAUGUAUGAGUGCAUUUAAAGGUCCUCUUGAUCCUAGCACAGCAUUAGGAGGCUUCUCUGGGAAAAACUACUCUGAGGCGUCAGCAUUUCUUGUAACUUAUCCUGUAAACAAUGCUCGUAGUAAUGAUGGGAAUGAAACUGAAAGGGCAUUGGCAUGGGAGAAAGCCUUUAUUGAGCUUGCAAAGGAUGAAUUGUUGCAAAUGGUGCAAUCUAGAAACUUAACACUUUCUUUUUCAUCGGAAAGCUCUGUUGAAGAAGAACUUAAAAGAGAAAGUACAGCAGAUGCUAUUACAAUAUUGAUAAGCUAUCUUGUGAUGUUUGCUUAUAUAUCUCUUACUUUGGGUGAUUCACCUCGUUUAUCAUCAUUUUACAUUUCGUCUAAGGUAUUGCUUGGUCUCUCUGGGGUUGUGCUUGUCAUGCUGUCAGUUCUUGGAUCAGUGGGAUUUUUCAGUGUUAUAGGUGUAAAAUCUACCUUAAUCAUCAUGGAAGUUAUUCCAUUUCUUGUUCUAGCUGUUGGGGUAGAUAAUAUGUGUAUACUGGUGAAUGCUGUCAAACGGCAACCCUUGGAGUUGCCUUUAGAAGGGCGAAUAAGCAAUGCACUUGUGGAAGUUGGACCAUCAAUUACACUAGCUAGUCUAUCAGAGGUCUUAGCGUUUGCAGUUGGAAGUUUUAUUCCUAUGCCAGCAUGCCGCGUGUUCUCCAUGUUUGCAGCACUUGCUGUUCUGCUGGACUUUCUCCUUCAAGUUACUGCAUUUGUAGCUUUGAUUGUUUUUGAUUUUCGGAGAACUGAGGAUAAGAGGGUUGAUUGUUUCCCAUGCAUGAAAAUUUCAUCAUAUGCCAACUCUGACAAAGGUAUUGAUCAGAACAAUCCUGGUUUAUUGACUCGUUAUAUGAAGGAGAUCCAUGCUCCCAUUCUCAGUCUUUGGGGAGUCAAGAUGGUUGUCAUUUCCAUCUUUGUUGCAUUUGCAUUGGCUAGUAUUGCAUUAUGCACCAGAAUUCAGCCUGGUUUGGAACAAAAGAUUGUUCUUCCCCGAGACUCCUAUCUUCAGGGGUAUUUCAAUAAUGUUUCGGAGUAUCUCCGAAUUGGACCCCCACUAUACUUUGUUGUGAAGAACUUCAAUUAUAGUUCAGAAUCAAGACAUACGAACCAAUUAUGCUCAAUUAGCCAGUGUGAUUCAGAUUCUCUUUUGAAUGAGAUUGCAAGAGCAUCCUUAAAUCCAGAAUCAAGUUACAUUGCUAAGCCUGCUGCUUCAUGGCUUGAUGAUUUUCUUGUGUGGAUAUCUCCAGAAGCAUUUGGGUGCUGUCGGAAGUUUACAGAUGGGACUUACUGCCCUCCUGAUGAUCAGCCACCUUGCUGCUCUCCCAGUGAUAGUUCCUGUAGCCUUGGUGGAGUGUGCAAAGACUGUACUACGUGCUUUCGUCACUCAGAUCUUCACAAUGACCGUCCCUCUACCACACAAUUUAAAGAAAAACUUCCAUGGUUCCUCAAUGCUCUACCCUCUAAUGAUUGUGCUAAAGGUGGCCAUGGAGCUUACACUAGCAGUGUGGAAUUCAAAGGCAAUGAAAGUGGCAUUAUUCAAGCAUCAUCAUUUCGAACAUAUCAUACUCCUCUCAACAAGCAGGUUGACUACGUAAAUUCAAUGAGAGCUGCUCGGGAGCUCAGUUCUAGACUUUCUGAUUCUUUGAAGAUUGAGAUAUUCCCAUAUUCAGUUUACUAUAUGUUCUUUGAGCAAUACCUUGAUAUUUGGAGAACAGCACUGAUCAACCUUUCUAUAGCCAUUGCUGCUGUGUUUAUUGUUUGUUUAGCUAUCACAUGCAGUUUAUGGAGUUCAGCUAUUAUUCUGUUGGUGUUGGCAAUGAUUUUAGUGGAUCUCAUGGGUGUGAUGGCAAUUCUGAACAUCCAAUUGAAUGCAGUCUCUGUUGUGAAUCUUGUAAUGGCAGUGGGCAUUUCGGUUGAGUUUUGUGUGCAUAUGACACAUGCUUUCUCGGUUAGCACAGGAGAUAAAGACCAGCGCACCAAGGAGGCUCUGGCUACAAUGGGUGCCUCUGUAUUCAGUGGAAUCACAUUAACAAAGUUAGUUGGGGUUAUUGUACUUUGUUUCUCGAGGACGGAAAUCUUUGUGGUGUAUUAUUUCCAAAUGUACCUAGCAUUGGUUCUUCUUGGUUUCUUACAUGGGCUUGUGUUCUUGCCGGUCUUCUUGAGCGUGUUUGGUCCGCCUUCAAGACGCGUGCCUGUUGAGCAGAGACAAGAUCAGACAUCUGUUUCCCCACAACUAUGAAGAUAGCGGAUUACUACCUCAGCCAGUUCUUUUUCGUGUUCUUUUACAGCUGAAUUAUUAUGUACGAACCGAAUAACAGAAAUAUCGAAAUAGUUGAAUAUGUAAAUUAUACAACUGCUGCUGCUGACAAAGGAACACAAAACAAAAAAGAGCAAGAAAAUAGUAGAUUUUGAGAUUUGUCUGUUUGGCUAGCAUCAACUUCCUUUGGCGUAAGUAUCAUACAUCAAUGUAUAAAGAUAUGUUAACCUUAGAACAAAAGAACUCAGAAAACUAUUCCGUUUA